UAUCUUGGUUUUCAGUUUCUCUUCGUGUAACAAACUUAUCCAAGAAAAAAAAAUCACUCUCAAAAAAAUACUAUACUAAACCAAAAAAAUUGAUCUGUUUAACUAUCAAAUUCAAUUUUAAAUCAAAGAAGGAGAAAUUAGUGUUUCUUGAAGCAAAGAAAAAAAAGAAGCAAUUGUUGAUUGUAGAGAUUCUUCAAAAGGAGGUCAAUUUUGGAACAAUAUUUGUGAGAAAUAAUGGCUAUACUUGAUCAAGCUUCAAAUAUGAUUUCUAUACCUAUGGAUUAUACAAGAAAAAGGAAAUCAAGGAGUAGAAAAGAUGCGCCGAAGAAUGUAGCAGAGACAAUUGCAAAGUGGAAAGAAGUCAAUGAGAAAUUAAACUCUAGUGUGCGUAAAGCUCCUGCUAAAGGGUCAAAGAAGGGGUGUAUGAAAGGUAAAGGAGGACCCGAAAACGGGAGAUGUAAAUACAGAGGUGUUAGGCAAAGGACAUGGGGUAAAUGGGUUGCUGAGAUUAGGGAGCCACAUAGAGGAAAUAGGCUUUGGUUGGGUACAUUUCAAACGGCGAUCGAUGCUGCUCUUGCUUAUGAUGAAGCUGCUAGAGCAAUGUAUGGUCCAUGUGCAAGGCUGAAUCUCCCGAAUUACACUUCAUCGAAAGAGUCUGUUACUGAUGAUUCUUCGUUGCCAACGAUAUCUCAAUCUGACUCCACGACAGCCUCAAGUUUCUCUGAGGUAUGCCCUGCUGAUGACAAGAGAGGAAGAAGUGAAUCAAGAGUUGAAUAUACUAGGAUUUGUUCUUCUGAAGCUGGAACACCUCUGAGCUCAGUGAUGGAGGAAGCGAAAGACGAGGCUAAGGGGGCGUUAGAUACAAGAGAGGUUCGUGAAAUUAAAGAAGAGCCUGUCACCUUUGAUUAUGAUGUACAGAAGAGUGGACAAGAUAAUCUAGAGAACUUUGGUUGGGAUGAUGAGAUGUUUGAUGUAGAUGUACUAUUAAGCAUGUUGGGUUCUACUCCCCUCAAUGCCUCGGCUCCUAAUCAAGAUGGUUCUUUUCCUCCUAAACAAGAGCAGUACGCCUAUGAUCCCUCAUAUCGAAUGCAGAGUGCUGCCUAUGACAAUAAUCAGUUCCCAUAUCAAUCAUAUCAGUUGGAGGAUGCAGAUAAUCAGUUCUCAAAUCCAUCAUAUCAGUUGGAAAACGCAGAUGGUAAAACGUUUGAAGGUUUGCAGCAAAUGGAUCAGCAAGCACCUAAUGCGGUUGAUUACGAUUUUGAUUUUCUGAAACCAGGCCGACAGGAGGACUUCAACUUCUGCUUGGAUGAGUUGGGCCUCCUUGACUUCCAAUGAAGAUUUCAGAGUUCGAUAUAAUGACUUAAUGACUUCACGCAGACAGACGGGAUGUACUGUUAGGAACAGGAUGUUGCUGUUGGUUUAUUGCAGAAUUUAUGCAAUGAUCACAGCUUUCUGAAUGUGUACUUGUUAGUUCAAUUUUUUGAUUCAAGGAAAAGGGGGAAAAAAAAAUAGGAUAUGAGCAGAAGAGUUUUUGUGUUCUUUGAUUCUUUUUUUCACUUUUGCUUUUGAGGAACUAUGUUUGUUCGUUCCCUUUCUUCCAAUGGAUGGCUGAUUCUUGGUAAGUUUUUGGAUGAGAGAAUUCAGCUACUGUUGAAUCAAACAAAUGUUCUGUACAGCUUUUGACAUUAAGUAGUCAGUUUGCUAACAUUUGCAAGGUCUCGGUCUUCUUACAUUGAUAGUAAGAGAGAAGACUUAUCUUUCUGUAAUCACUCAUACUAAUAUGAAGUUCAUAGUUAUGCCUGUUUGGCUUUCUAA